AUGGUCAAUUUCGAUGGCGGCUUCUCUGGUGUCGUUCUGGCGAUGCCAUCUUUCAACAACGCGUUCGGCAGCGAAUGCAAAGACACACCAGCCGGCAGGAGCUGCGUGCUCACAGCGACUGAGCAGUCUUUGCUUGCUAUUCCAUAUCUCUUCCAGGCAAUCGGUGGAGCUUUGGCUGGUAUUCUGGGAGCGUAUGUUGGUCGACGCGUGGCUAUCAACAUCGGGUGUCUCGUAGUGAUUGUUGGCGCGGCUGUUAUGAUUGGGAUUGAUAGCUAUGCUAAAUUCCUUGUUGGCAAAUGCAUAUCUGGAGUCGGUCUCGGCCUACUGCUUGGAGUUGGAAUCGUGUACGGGACGGAGUGCAUACCAGCAAGCCAGCGUGGUGCUCUUCUGAGCGUGUACAAUGUCGCUCUCGCGAUGGGCAACGUUGUCGUUGCCGCAGUCUGCGUCGGCUCGUCGAAGCUGUCUCCAAGCAAUGCUCUACAAUGGAAGACGCCCGUCAUCUGCCAGAUCCCCAUUGCUGUCCUUCUCGCAGCUUUAGUCUGGUUCUUUCCUGAGUCCCCAAGAUGGCUCCUCGCAACCAAAUCCAACCCCGAGCAGGCCAGCAAAGCCUUCGCACGCUUCUAUCGUGCAGACGUGCAAUCAGAAGAGGUGGAUCUCCAAAUGGCGCAGACUCAACUGAACCUCCAACACGACUUGGAAACCAAACGCUCCGUUUCAUGGCUGCAGAUUUACUCGGGCACCAACUUCAGACGAACAGUCAUCUCUGGCUUCAUUCUCACUGCCCUGGCCAUCUGCGGGAUUCAAUUCGCCCUCUCUUACGCGACCGUCUUUCUACAGGAUGUAGGUAUUUCAAAUGUCUUCGUAGUCAACCUCAUCCUAGGUUGCUGCAUCCUUGCUGGUACGCUUUUGACGCCCUGGUGUUUGGAGUAUCUUGGAUGUCGCGGCUCCUUUCUCGUCGGCUUCAGCGUCAUGUCUCUAUGCAUGCUCAUCUUCGCGGCUGUGGCAUCGGGCUUGGGAUCGAACUCAUCAGUCUCACACACAGUCCUAGUUGUCUUUUUGUGUCUGUGGGCAUUUACGUUCGGAGCUGGUAUUGGCUCAGCCGUUUGGCUCGCAUCAGCAGAAAUGCACUCCGUCCGUCUCCGAACAUACGGCCAGGCAUCAUCAGCAACCGUCUACCAAAUCUUCGGGUUUGCCGCAACAUUCUGGACACCGUACAUGCUGCAACCUCAAUACGGCAACUGGGGUACCAACGUGGGCUACUUCUACUUCGCUGUGAACGCCGUCAGCUUCGUCCUUACCUUCAUCUUCGUGCCAGAGACGGCCAAGUUGACAUUGGAACAAAUCGAUGAGUAUUUCGCAUCGGGGGUACCGGCGUGGAAGACGUCCGUAAGGAAGAACAAGAAGCUUGCGAAGGGCGAGUAG